AUGUACUCCAAGUGCUCCAAAGGCUCCCUUGGGUUUGGGGGACUGUUUUCUUUCUUUGGACACACAACCAACUACCUAGCACGCAACCGGGGCGAGUCGGUCUUCCUGUACGAGGAGCAGCUCAAGCUGCCGAUGGUGUCGAUGGUGAUGCCAGUCAAGUGGGCUGCCAUCAAGAGCCGCUCUCCCAAAGAGAACUGGAAGAGCCAGCUUGUCUCGAUGUACUCGGGCUCGAUCGAGGCCAUCUUUGCCGUCGAAUCGGAGGAUGACGGCGCAGUCCAGGUGGUGAAGGAGCUGCAGGAGGAGCUGGCGCAUUUGGAGGGAGUCACCAUCAAGGUCGCCGUCGCCGGCCCGGCCACGACGUGCAGCCAGAAGAUUGCAAACAUACUUGCCGCGCUGCGUGCCGUCUCUCCCGAGAGCCGGUACAUCUUCUGCAUGGACGCAAACUGCAAGUUGCACCCCGGCACGGUGCACCUGAUGAUGAACGAGCUGGAGAACGACGCUUCAGUCUUUGUCGCCACAGGCUACCCAUUCGACAUGCCGCCGGAGAAUGCAAGCAUCUGGGCGCGCCGCCGGCGGAGCCAGAGCCGCCACCAGCCGCCACCCGCAGCCACCCGCCGCCACCCGCCGCUGCCGCCGCUGAUCGCGUGGACGAUGGCGCAGUUCCGGUACAACUGCCUCUCCGAGUUCCUCUCCAACCGCUCCACCUUUGUGUGGGGCGGCGCGAUGGUGUUGCGCCGCGCGGACGUGGAGCAAAAUAUGUACGGCCUGCUCGAUUGGUGGCGAAAGGGUGGCUACUCGGAUGACAUGCAGGUGCAGGCAUGCGCGCAGGAUGCGGGCCGGAUGAUUGCCACGCCCCUCUCGGCCAUCUUUCCGAACGAGCUUAAGAAGGACGUCACCUUUGACUACUGCUGGGGCUUUCUGCGGCGGCAGAACUGGGUGCUCUUCACCUAUUCCUCGUGGAAGAACUGGGCGCGCCACAUGACUCUUCUUUUCCUGUACGCGGUGCCAAACGCCUCCUGGCUGCCCGCCUUCCUCCUCUCUCUCGCCUCGCUGGCAGAGGCGCCGCUACGACCCGCGCGCCUCACCGAGCCGGCGGUGGCGAUCCAUCUGGCAGCUUGUGUCGGCUUCCUCAUCACCUUCCACGCCGCAAUCGCGGCCAUCGCAAACAUGUGCAACCAUCUCUCCCCCGAAGCGCAACGACUGUCACUGGCCCAGUUCACGCCCUUCUGCCUCGGCUCCUCGCUGCUCAUGCAGUCCGCGCUCGCGCCGGCGGUGACAAUCGCCAACCUACUCAACACUUCGAUGGAGUGGGGCAACAUCCGGUACGAGUGCCGCUGGGGGAGGGUGGUCGAGGUUCAGCACCCGCACUCGAGCCCCGUCCGCGUGUCACAGUCGCUGACCUGA